AAGACGCCUCAUCACGCUCAGUUCCAAGACGUACGGGUACAUUGUGAGCUACCCACAGGCGCCGUACCAGAGCGACAAUUGCUGGGACGUGGCAAGCAAGAUGAUGCUGGCGCACGACGGGGGCGGCGUGAGCAAAUUGAUUGCCAGUAUGAAUGUCUUGGCGGCGACGUACUCCGACGUCUUUGCGCCUGGCAUCGCCUA